ACAUCUACUUCGCCUUUUCUUGACCUCUGCUAUUGGUAGUUGGCUUUCGUUUAGCGUCGGCAGAAGUAAUCUGAAUUAACUCCUUUACUUAAAUUUUUUUAAGUAGAAAUUCUUUAUAAAAACAUCGAAAAUGUAUGCUGUUUGUGCCACCCCCUUCGUCAGAGCCAUGAUGACCUCAGCUGUUCGACAAUCAGUGAGGCCUUUGAGUGCAGCAGUCGCCACAAAGCGAGAAGUGCAGCCAUUUCGCCCUGUACAAGAAACCAAAGUUUUGCCUCGUCUCACACUUGCCUCAUCUUUAAUUUCUCAAUUUCCACGUGCACUCCAUACUAGCCCAAUUACCAAGGAUAUCGAUUCGGCUGCAAAAUUCAUUGGAGCUGGAGCCGCUACAGUAGGUGUUGCUGGUUCUGGAGCCGGUAUUGGUUCAGUCUUCGGAAGCCUAAUUAUCGGAUAUGCCAGGAAUCCAUCUUUGAAGCAGCAGCUCUUUUCCUAUGCUAUCCUAGGAUUUGCUCUUUCUGAGGCUAUGGGUCUGUUUUGCUUGAUGAUGGCCUUUUUGCUAUUAUUUGCAUUUUAAACUGUUUAACAGCAUAGAAGAAAGACUCUUGAUUAAAUAGACCCAGAACUCUCAUGUUGCAAAAAUAGGGAAAAGUGCGUUGUAAUUGGUUAAAUAAAUUGUCAAACUCAAA